CAAAAAUACAGAAGAAAAAGCGAUGGUUUUUAAAAAUAUAUAAGUCUUUAUUAGUCCAGAGGAGCACCCAAAAAUUAAGUACUUUACGACGGAGAUAAGAAAAAUUCAAUAAGAACCUAUAAUGGUAUUUUUUAUUAAUUUAAUAUUAGAUAACUCAAAUAAUAGAUAAGGAUUUAAAAUUGGUUGGGAUAUUGAUCAAUCUAGAAAAGGAGAUACAAAAAUAGCAGGAAAAGUUGGUCAAGAUUAAAGAAAUUCAUAUAUCCCAUCUUAUUAAACAUAAACAUAUGUACCAGUUAUUGAAGUAUUCUAUUACAUAAUUAGUAAAAUCAAGAUGAUGAUUAUAUGAAAUAGUUAUAUUAUC